GUGCGCACGACCGAUCGACCUCACCCGUCGACCCAAGACCCCUCUGGAACAAAAUGACAGCUCGAGGACGCAGUUAGUGCCAGGCACGCUCCUGAUAGCGGGGGAGGCCGGCCCACCCCGGCUGCGGAUUGGCUCCCGCCUAUCGUGAUGACGUCUCAGCCCAAGCAAGCCCCUGCCCGGCCCUCCAACAGGGAACCAUCGCCAGCCGCGGGGCUGGCUGUCGUCUCUCUCUCGUCGACGAUAACGUCGCCCGUCCUUCCCGCGGUCCCUACGUCCAUUGUGCUCCCCCACCAGGCCGAUAAGAUCCGCCCCAGCCCCAAACGCAGUGCUUGCUUGCCUGCCCGUCUCUCUUGCUCUCAAGACAUUGCUCCCCACGUCUCGAUCUCGAUCUAGUUGUCGGCAUCACCACCAGUCCAAGAUGGCGCCUCCUACAGAAGUCACGGUCGAGAACCUGGCAGAGAUCCUCAAGGAUGACGCCGGAGUCAAGCUCGCAGGCAUUGAUGUCGACGGCCAGCUGCGCGGCAAGCUCGUCUCCAAGAAGAAGUUCCUCUCCAUCGCAAAGUCGGGCUUUGGCUUCUGCUCCGUCGUCUUUGGCUGGGACCAGCAUGACAUGACCUACUUCCGCGAGCUCACCAUCAGCAACAAGGAGAACGGCUACCGCGACCUCCUCGCCAUCCCAGACCUCUCCUCCUUCCGCAGGAUACCCUGGGAGGACAACGUCCCCUUCUUCCUCGUUAGCUUCUACGACCCCGACACAAAUGAGCCUCUGUGCGCCUGCCCGCGCGGGCUGCUCAAGGUCCAGCUCGAGAAGCUCAAGAGCCAGGGCUAUGAUGCCAUGGCUGGAGCCGAGUUCGAGUUCUUCCAGUUCAAGACACCGCAAGCAGAGUCACCCACCGUGUUCCUUCGUGACAACCCGGCCCAGUCCCUCCCACCGCUCACCGAGGGCAUGUUCGGCUACAGCGUGACCCGCCCGUUCCAGAACAAGGAGUACUACUACGACAUCUUCGACUCGUGCGCCAAGUUCAAGUGCGAUAUUGAGGGCUGGCACACAGAAAGCGGACCGGGCGUCUACGAGGCUGCGCUCGAAUUUGGCCAAAUUGCCGAGAUGGCGGAUCGCGCGACACUUUUCAAAUACGCCGUCAAGUGCGUCGCUGCCAAGUAUGACAUUAUCCCCUGCUUCAUGGCGAAGCCCAAACAGGGCCUGCCUGGCAACAGCGGGCACACUCACGUCUCAGUCGUGGACAAGGACGGCAAGAAUCUGUUUGCAAGGGACACCAAGGACCCCGACGCCAAGUACCCCGACAUCGAAUACCUCAGCGACCUCGGUCGGCACUUCCUCGCAGGCCUCCUGGAGGGCUUGCCCGACGUCAUGCCACUGCUCGCACCCAAUGUCAACAGCUACAAGCGCCUCGUUGAGAACUUCUGGGCGCCAGUCACGGUCUCAUGGGGUCUCGAGCACCGGGCGGCGUCGAUUCGGAUCAUUGCUCCACCCACGUCGAAGCCCGGCGCCACUCGAUUCGAGGUCAGAGUGCCGGGAGCCGACACCAACUCGUCCUUUAUCAUGGCCGCCAUCCUGGGGCUCGGCUGGCGUGGUGUAGAGAAGAAGCUCGAGAUCCCCAUCCCGCCGCUGGGCAAGGGUGAGGAUGUCGGUGGUGCGAGCGAUGGCGGAGAGCGCCUGGCUAGGAACCUUCGGGACGCCACGGCGCGCUUCAUGCGCAAGGACAGCAUCGCGCGCGAGGUCUUUGGGGACGCCUUUGUCGACCACUACGGUGGCACCAGGGAGCACGAGAUCCGGCUAUGGGACGAGGCCGUGACGGACUGGGAGCUCAAGCGCUACAUUGAGACUGCGUAAGAGGAUUGGACUGAGUGUUUGUCUUCUCUGCGAGACUUGUCCUCGGUGCCUGUGGAUUUGCCGAAGAUUCAAGAGGCCAUGACUUUGUUUCUUUCCGUCGUCGCAGCGUAAUCGAAUUAGGCUUACUUGCCAUCUGUCAUGAUUCCAAAGAUAUAUCAGCGGCGCGAUUGGCACCAGUAGAAUCACACACGAGUUGUCUGCAAUAAGCGAGCCUGACUUACUUCUGCGUCCAAAUGGCUAAAGCAUGCGGCUUGUGACUUGUGUGUGCAGGUGGCCUGUCACCCUCGCGAGGUUCAUAUUAGUAGACAGCCAGACCCACAACAUGACCAUGACGUUGUUGAUCAGACGUGCCUCUCGAGCAAUAGACAUCUACACGUUCCAGGAAGACCAACUCU